AUGGAGACAGGGUCAGGAGUGGGGGAAACGAAUGCGAGUGCGACUCGUUCAUCAGAAUGCUUAAGCGAGGCGUCUGGGAAGAGACACGUUGGCAGUGCUCACACUAACCGUGCUAAGUUGCCAGUUACCGCAGCUCGCUCUCACUCUGAGCCAGAUGAUAGUAGUGAAACGGACCCUGGGUCAGAUGAAGACUUCGACUCCGAGGAGAUUGGGCCAGGGAGUGAAGGAGGCCUGCCUGCCGAUAUCGCAGAGCUCUUCAAGAAACGAGUCGAUGAUUAUUUGAAGUCCAAAAGACGUGUCACCCAACCCUCAGCACCUACCGGCACUAGCCAGACUGCCAAAGUGACAAAGAAGAGCACUAACACGAAGUCGCAGACAGCAACUACUUCCAGCAAGAAGAUCACCACUGUCGCUGUCACACAAGUUCAUAGCGAGAGGGCCAAACCACCGGCAGUUACGAAACCUCGGCCACGACCAGUGCCACGCAAGAACUUGGAGAAAGAGAAGGCCAAAGUUACCUCUUCGACUCACUACAACUCUAGAUCACCCCCACCACCCCCGCUGCCUUCAUCACCCCCACCGUUCCCGCGCCCUUCAUUCAGCUUCUCACCACAGGAUAUUCCGGACACCUGUCCGAAUGAGGACUGCGAAGAUCUUGUUCCCUCUCCACCAUCACCACAGCUGAUUCAUAUGUUCCGCAGUCUCGCAGAACACAUCCACAAGGAAGGAGAAUAUGGUCGCACAGUUCUCUGCAUCACACUUCACAUCUGUUCAGAUAUCGCAUCUGACAACCAGCUGUCAGAACUACGUCAGCAAGUGGCAGAAUGCGGUUGGCCAGUAUCAGUUAAUUUCAUUGACCUCAACAAUUUCACGUGGUCAUUGACAGCUGAUGUUGCUAAGAUCCUCUCAGAUCACAGCGCCCGAGCUAGCCACAUCGUCUGGACAACCUUGUUGGAUCGCAUUUCCCGCCAUUACCGCAACAAGGGAGUUACAGAGGAGGAGUUCCUUCUUGCUUUUGCAAGAGACAAGGGACUAUACGAAGUAGUCAAACUAGCGGAGAGACACGCUCACGGAGAGACACGCUGGUAUGCUAAUCAGUAUGUGAGAUAUGAGCAAGAUGAAGUCUACACACCUCAGUAA